UUACAGCCGCACUAGGCAUGGUACGAGGCACACAUCGCUGAGUUACACAGUGCAAUCAGACACCAGGCUUCACUGUUAGUCAGCUUUGAUCAUGUGUGAUUGUUAGAGUUAGCAAACUAGACAAAAUCUUCACUGCACUUAUCCUCUGUUUAAGGACAGUCAGCUGACUUUGGCUUUAAUUUUGUGAUGGCAGAACCGCAGCAACAGCUGGUUGACAUCGACCCGGAUUUCGAGCCUCUCUCCCGGCCGCGAUCAUGCACCUGGCCGCUGCACCGACCGGAAUUCAGCGAGCCGGGGAGCUCGAACACGUCCUCCCCGGCGCCGUCCGUCAAGCCGGAGCAAGGCAUCGUGGACUUUAUCAGCAGCCUAAGUUUACUAGAAGAGACCGAGGACUACCCGGAGGAGAAACCUGUCCUUUUGAACGACUUCCACUGCCAGGACAACUGCGUUCAUCCCCAGCAACAGCAUCCCCAGCAGCCGAAUACCCAGCUGACGCACCCGCAACAGGUGCCGCCGCUCCCCGCCCCUGCCAGCAGCUCCAGCCCUGCAGCGGCCCAGAGGAAGAGCAGCUCGUCUCGCAGGAACGCCUGGGGGAAUAUGUCAUACGCUGACCUCAUCACCAAGGCGAUCGAGAGCUCCCCUGAGAAGCGGCUCACCCUGUCUCAGAUCUACGAGUGGAUGGUGAAGAGCGUCCCUUACUUCAAAGAUAAGGGCGACAGCAACAGCUCUGCCGGCUGGAAGAACUCAAUCAGACACAAUCUGUCCUUGCACAGUCGUUUCAUGCGCGUCCAGAAUGAAGGAACGGGGAAGAGCUCGUGGUGGAUGCUGAACCCUGAGGGGGGAAAGAGCGGCAAGUCUCCACGCCGGAGAGCCACUUCCAUGGACAACAACAGCAAGUUCAUAAAGAGCCGCGGACGAGCAGCCAAGAAAAAGAAAAAAAAAAAAUUUUCCUCCAAUGGCAACGGUUUCCACAGGCACGGACCGGGUCCUCACCACCAUCACAGCCACCCGGAGCGGCUGCCCAGUGACUUAGAUGACAUGUCGAUCGAGCAGCUGGAGUGUGAUGUAGAAACCGUCCUUCACGACACGCUCAUGGAUGGCGAUGCUCUGGACUUCAACUUCGACCCCAUGAGCAGUCAACAGAGUUUCCCACACGGGGUGAAGACCAACACGCAUAGCUGGGUAUCUGGAUAAACACGUUAUCUACUCAAAACACAUACAGAUUGGUGAGGCAGGAUGUUUAUAAUAAUAUGAUAUGAAUUAAUCAUAACAAAUGUGUGAAUAUAUAUGUAAAUAUGUCAUAGACAUAAGCAGAAGGCUGAAUGCUGUAGGUCAUACCAAAAGGCUACACAUACAAGAACCUUACAUUUCCUUCCCAUCUGCAAGGACUCAAUUAUUGAAAGCGUAAAAUAAAACAAAAGUUAAAUAAAUAAACAGAAUUUUGCCAUCAUUGAAGCCCAUCUCCGCAUGAUUGCGACUUUAUUUCCCGUUAUUGUGUCUCUGUCUUGCCAUUCUGUCUUUAUUUCUCACAGUUGCGCCUUUUUUUAUAGAUAGGAAUACAUAUCUCGCAAUUCCAAUUUUAUUUCUCCCAAUUCUGAAUUUCUCACAAUUGUGUCUCAAUUUUUCGUAGUUGUGAAUAUAUAUCUCGCAAUUCUGAUUUGAAUUCUUCCAAUUCUGAAUUUAUUUCUCACAAUUGCAACU